AUGUUAUUGCUUCUAUUCUUCUAUACUUCACUUGGCCAAGCCUCUGUAAGCUCUGUUGCAGAAACUGCCUUCUUCUCCUUCACCUCAUUCUACCCUGACACUUGCAGCAAAGGAAGCCUGCUUUGCCUGAAUUCGGCUUCCGCUGCCAACGGCUACCUAAACCUCACCCCAGAUCCUGAACUAGGAAAUUCGAGCUCACCCACAACUCUGCCAAUAAACAGAGUUGGCCGAGUUCUAUACCCUCAUCCUGUGAUUGCUUGGCACACACUUAUCUCGACUACCUUUACUGUCAGGAUUUCCGUCUUUCCAAAUUCUAGCGGUCCUGGAGAUGGAAUGGCAUUUAUAAUUGCCCCCGAUAAUAGCUCUUCGCCUCCAGAAAGUUAUGGCUCUUCGGUCGGAAUUUUAGAUCAGUCAGCGUCAGGUGGCUGCCAAGUAGCGGUAGAGCUGGACACUUUCAAGAACGAGUUUGAUCCAGACGGAAACCACAUUGGAAUCAACAUAAAAAGUAUGCAAUCAGUAGUAGCAAAGAGUCUGAAUAGCACUGGAAUUGAUCUGAAAAGUGGAAAAGACAUCCAGGUAAAGAUUGAUUAUAAUGGUUGGACAAAGAUGCUCCAGGUUUCCGUAGCAUUCUCUGGUAACCCACUUAUGAGCUUCCUCAACCAAUCAAUAGACCUCAAAGAUCUUGUUCCGAACUCUGUUUACGUAGGCUUCACAGCUGCUACAGGGCUGUAUUCAGAAAGACAUCAGCUCCUGAAUUGGAUGUUCCAGUUGACAGCAUUGCCAUCUCCGAAGGAAGGAACUCACAGACAUGACAAGAUAAAAUUUAUUGUGGCAAUUUUCUUCCCUUUCGUUACCGGAUUGGUAAUCCUGGCAGUGAUUAUUUUUCCAUGGAUGAAGAGAAUUUUGAGGAGAGGAAAAGAGGAGACUCAUCAGAAAACAGAUAUAGAAAGCAGAUCAAGAAGCGCUGCAAAUGUGCCUAAAAUGUUCACCUACAAGCAACUCGCAAAGGCCACUCGCAACUUUCACAACGAAAACCUGUUAGGUUCGGGUGGAUUUGCGAGUGUUUAUAAAGGCAACUUACCCUUUAAUCCUCCUACAAUUGUUGCUGUCAAAAAGAUCUCAGCAACCUCAAAACAAGGUGAGAAAGAGUACUUUGCAGAAAUAUGCACAAUAGGGCGUUUAAGGCACAAAAAUAUAGUUCAACUUCAAGGCUGGUGCCACGAAAGUAAAAAUCUCCUCUUGGUCUAUGAUUACAUGCCUAACGGCAGCCUUGAUCGAUACAUAGGCAAGAACGAUCUGGACUGGAAAACCAGGUACAACAUUUUAACAGGUUUAGCCUCAGCACUACUGUACCUUCACGUCGAAUGUGGCAACCCUGUCAUCCACAGGGAUAUCAAACCUAACAACAUAAUGCUAGACUCCACAUACAUUGCUCAUUUAGGUGAUUUCGGGUUGGCCAGAAUGCUACAAGAUGAUGCUUCUGUCAGAACUGUGUUGGCUGGUACUCCAGGCUACUUGGCCCCAGAAGUAGCCUUCACUGGAAAAGCUACACCAGAGUCUGAUAUUUACAGUUUCGGAAUGGUGGUGAUUGAAGUCAUAUCGGGAAGACGAUCAAAAGGGAUCAAGGAAGAGAAUAGCUUGGUGGAUUGCAUAUGGAACUUGUAUGGUAAAAAUGAAUUGGUGAAGGGUGUGGAUAGAUUGCUAGAAGGUAAAUUUGAUGAGGAACAAGCAAGGAGAACAUUGAUUAUUGGACUGGCUUGUCUGCAUCCAGAUUCAAAUUGUCGUCCGAAUAUCAGAAAAGUUGUCCAGAUUUUCUUGAACCCAAAUGAGCCUUUAAUGGAGUUGCCAGAAUCAAGGCCUAAUGUGGUUUAUUUGCCCAUUUCUUCUUCUUCUGCUUCAACCACCACUUGUUUUGGAGGAUCUUUGUUGCACCCAUCUGUUUCAUCUGCUGGUCAGAUUUCACUGCACUGUGAUGAUACGAGUCCAAUAUAA